AUGUGGUCCGGAGGCGGUGGGAAGGCGCGGGGCUGGGAGGCCGCGGCGGGAGGGAGGACCAGCCCCGGCAGGCUCAGCCGCCGCCGAAUCAUGUCGAUGAGUCCAAAGCACACGACUCCGUUCUCAGUGUCUGACAUCUUGAGUCCCCUGGAGGAAAGCUACAAGAAAGUGGGCAUGGAGGGCGGCGGCCUCGGGGCUCCGCUGGCGGCUUACAGGCAGGGCCAGGCGGCACCGCCGGCCGCCGCCAUGCAGCAGCACGCCGUGGGGCACCACGGUGCCGUCACCGCCGCCUACCACAUGACGGCUGCGGGGGUGCCCCAGCUCUCGCACUCCGCCGUGGGGGGCUACUGCAACGGCAACCUGGGCAACAUGAGCGAGCUGCCGCCGUACCAGGACACCAUGCGGAACAGCACCUCGGGCCCCGGAUGGUACGGCGCCAACCCGGACCCGCGCUUCCCCGCCAUCUCCCGCUUCAUGGGCCCGGCGAGCGGCAUGAACAUGAGCGGCAUGGGCGGCCUGGGCUCUCUGGGGGACGUGAGCAAGAACAUGGCCCCACUCCCAAGCGCACCGCGCCGGAAGCGCCGGGUGCUCUUCUCCCAGGCGCAGGUGUACGAGCUGGAGCGACGCUUCAAACAACAGAAGUACCUGUCCGCGCCCGAGCGCGAGCACCUGGCCAGCAUGAUCCACCUGACGCCCACGCAGGUCAAGAUCUGGUUCCAGAACCACCGCUACAAGAUGAAGCGCCAAGCCAAGGACAAGGCGGCACAGCAGCAACUGCAGCAGGAUAGCGGCGGCGGGGGCGCCGGGUGCCAGCAGCAGCAAGCGCAGCAGCAGUCACCGCGCCGCGUGGCUGUGCCGGUCCUGGUGAAAGACGGCAAACCCUGCCAGGCGGGCGCCCCUGCGCCGGGCGCCGCCAGCCUGCAAGGCCACGCGCAGCAGCAGGCGCAGCAGCAGGCGCAGGCCGCUCAGGCGGCGGCAGCAGCUAUCUCAGUGGGCAGCGGCGGCCCCGGCCUCGGCGCGCACCCGGGCCACCAGCCGGGCAGCGCGGGCCAGUCUCCGGACCUGGCGCACCACGCCACCAGCCCCGCGGCGCUGCAGGGCCAGGUCUCCAGCCUGUCCCACCUGAACUCCUCGGGCUCGGACUACGGCACCAUGUCCUGCUCCACCUUGCUAUAUGGUCGGACCUGGUGA